GGAGGCGUUGGCUUCAGAGAUGGCCGUGAGCGAGAGGAGGGGGCUCGCCCGCGGGAGCCCCGCGGAGUGGGGGAAGCGGCUACUUCUGCUGCUGCUGUUAGGCCGUUGCUCUGGGCGCAUCCACCGGCUGACGCUGACGGGGGAGAAGCGAGCAGACAUCCAGCUGAACAGCUUUGGCUUCUACACCAACGGCUCUCUGGAGGUGGACCUGAGCCUCCUGCGGCUGGGCCUCCAGGAGACAGAUGAGAAAGCCCCAUUGGUGGGGUUCAGUCUGACCCGUAUUCGAUCUGGCAGUGUUCCUUCCUAUUCAAGCCGGGACCCUCAUGACUGUCCUCUCCGGAAAAACAGUAGCAACCUUCUGGCUGUCUUCCUCAUCAACACCAAGGAUCUGCAGGUCCAGGUACGAAAGUAUGGGGAACAGAAGAAGCUGUUCAUCUCUGCCGGGCUCCUCCCCGAAGCGCCCUCCGAACCAGAGCUCCCGAAGUCAGAGCACAGGGUCAACCCCAAGGUGGAUGGCGGGACCACUACUGCACCCGACAAGGCCAAGUUGAAACCCACAGGGUCACAAGCCGACCAGCAGGGCAUUGGUGGAAAGGACCAGGACCUGGUAUUGGGCCUGGGCCAUCUCAACAACUCCUACAAUUUCAGUUUCCACGUGGUGAUCGGCUCGAGGGCCGAGGAAGGCCAGUACAACCUCAACUUCCACAACUGCUACAACUCGGUGCCGGGCCGAGAGCAGCCGUUCGACAUCACGGUAAUGAUACGGGAGAAGAACCCCGAGGGCUUCCUGUCGGCGGCGGAAAUCCCCCUCUUCAAGCUGUACAUGGUCAUGUCCGCCUGCUUCCUGGCCUCCGGCAUCUUCUGGGUGUCCAUCCUCUGCAAGAACACGUACAACGUCUUCAAGAUCCACUGGCUCAUGGCAGCCCUGGCUUUCACCAAGAGCGUCUCUCUCCUCUUCCACAGUAUCAACUACUACUUCAUCAACAGCCAGGGCCACCCCAUCGAGGGCCUCGCUGUCAUGCACUACAUCACGCAUCUGCUGAAGGGCGCCCUCCUCUUCAUCACCAUCGCCUUGAUCGGCUCCGGCUGGGCCUUCAUCAAGUACAUCCUGUCCGACAAGGAGAAGAAGGUCUUCGGGAUCGUGAUCUCGCUGCAGGUCCUGGCCAACGUGGCCUACAUUGUCAUCGAGUCCCGUGAGGAGGGCACCAGCGACUACGGCGUCUGGAAGGAGAUCCUCUUUCUGGUGGACCUCAUCUGCUGCGGCGCCAUCCUCUUCCCCGUGGUCUGGUCCAUCCGGCAUCUCCAGGACACGUCUGGCACUGAUGGGAAGGUGGCAGUGAACCUGGCCAAGCUGAAGCUUUUCCGGCAUUACUACGUCAUGGUCAUCUGCUACAUCUACUUCACACGGAUCAUCGCCAUCCUGCUGCGGGUGGCCGUGCCUUUCCAGUGGCAGUGGCUGUACCAGCUCUUGGUGGAGGGCUCCACUCUCGCCUUCUUCGUGCUCACGGGCUACAAGUUCCAGCCCACAAGGGAUAACCCGUACCUGCAGCUGCCCCAGGAGGACGAGGAGGACGAGGAGGAUGUGCAGAUGAAGCAAGUGUGAGCCCUCGGGCUGGGAAUGACCGAUUCUGGGUUCCGGGAAGGCCUGUCCAAAGUCAACAAAACGACCAGCAGGCGAGAGCUGUUGUGAUCAUGUCCCUUCCUCGGACACUCCUUCAUCCCCCUUCAUCCCCCUCUCUUCACACAUUCCCUGCUCCGGCUUCUCCCAAAGAGCGUGUGGGGAGGAAGGGGCCAGUGCUCACAAGGCAUCCAGUUCCCUGGGACCUGAGUUCCUGGAGCUCAUUCAGAAGAAGACAGACAGCCCCCCUCCCUCACAGAUGUUGAGCACCCUGUUCCCACUUGCAACUGUACAAUAAUGACCGAUCUGUUUUGCUACUCCAGUUUCUUGCCUUUCUGGGGGUUGAGAACUAAUGCAGGGGUUUGAAAUUGAGAGAUCCGUUGGGGGCACGGGGCGGG